AUCCUCCUCUUUUACAUUUACUUUCCUCCAUGCAUUAGGUCUUCAAAGAAAAGGCAGCAACUUCCUACAUACUCAUCCGUCUCACACUUCAACACCCUACUGAGCGACAUUACUUUUCCAUUUAUCUCAAAGCCACCUUGGGGCCAACAUGACAAAGCUUCCUCAACAUUCCCAUUGGGAUCAGCUGCGACUUCAGCGUGCUGAAAUCUUCAAGUCACUGAUGCUCAAGGAUGAUACUGAACCCGUAGUAUCUGGCAAUAUGAUCUACAGUAUUACUGAUCUGACCACGGAAACUCUGACCGAGUCCUUCAACAUCGUCAAAGGCGCCAUCGAGGCUUCUGACUCUGGAAUUGUGGUUGAUGGUGCGCUCAUGGAGGCUCUCUUGGCCGAGGUCUUCGACGGCUGGGGCAUUUCAACAUGCUUUGAGCCGCUCAAUCAUGCUGAUAUGAACCUCGGUGAGCCGUUUCUGCCCACUGACACGUAUCAAACCAGUGUUGGCUGGUACCCCAAUGGAAACACGGAUUCACAAGCCUCCUACUGCGUCCGUCUCAACUACGAGCCUCCUUCCCUGCGGUUCUACUAUGCCGAUACCGUUUGCGGAAGGGAGCUGACUAUUCAAGAAAUCGAGACCAUCUUCAACCAUGAAAGAAUUGGGCACCAUGAGCAGAUGGAACUCCUCGAAACAGUGGGCAAGGACAUGAAGGAGAUGGUUGAAAAAGAAAACAAGGCUCGUGCGAUUGAGUACAUUCGCAGAAUGAUCAUGCACCGUAACAAUACAACCAUCGACCCGCGUCGUGCGUUGCCACAGCGUCCCGACAAAUACCACUUCAUGGAUUUCGAGCUCGGUGUCAUGCAGAGAUACCCCUUGCUGAAUCUUGUGCGUGGCCCAAUCGAAGCGACUCGUGGCGUGUUUUCUUCGAUGCGAACUGCGCCUGAAGAGACCACGGGCAAGAGUAGGCGUGAGAAUUCCAAGCAGAAGCAGAGCGUCCGUUUCCACGAACCGCCUUGGCUCGAGGCUGGCGCAUCAACCCAGCAGUCUCGGCACCUGAAAACGGCCUUUCCUCGAGCUCCCCUUAUUUCGGGUGAGUGGCCAGCCGACGACGACAAGACUCCAACUUGGGCCAACCUGCCUGGCUCGUCUCGUCACCGUUCAAAUGGAUGGGGUGAUGCAUCGGACUGGACGGAGCCUGAUGAAGAGGCCUGGCACAGUGACGAAGCUUCCUAUUCUGAUUAUUAG